CCCGGCGUGCCCCGCGCGGGGCCGGGCCCAGAGCUGCCAAGAUGGCCGACUUCGAGGAGCGGGUGUCGGAUGAGGAGAAGGUGCGUAUAGCUGCAAAAUUCAUCACUCAUGCACCUCCUGGAGAAUUCAAUGAAGUAUUCAAUGAUGUCCGGUUACUGCUCAACAAUGACAAUCUUCUCAGGGAAGGAGCAGCACAUGCAUUUGCACAGUAUAACAUGGAUCAGUUCACUCCAGUGAAGAUAGAAGGGUAUGAUGAUCAGGUCUUAAUCACAGAACACGGUGAUCUGGGCAAUGGCAGAUUUUUAGACCCAAGAAACAAACUGUCUUUUAAGUUUGAUCACUUAAGGAAAGAAGCAAGUGACCCCCAACCUGAGGACACAGAAUCAGCUUUAAAGCAAUGGAGAGAUGCCUGUGACAGUGCUCUGAGAGCUUACGUGAAAGAUCAUUACCCCAACGGCUUCUGUACUGUUUAUGGUAAAUCUAUAGAUGGGCAGCAGACAAUUAUUGCCUGUAUUGAGAGCCACCAGUUCCAGCCCAAAAACUUCUGGAACGGUCGUUGGAGGUCAGAAUGGAAGUUCACCAUCACACCACCCACAGCUCAAGUGGCUGCAGUGCUCAAAAUCCAGGUUCAUUAUUAUGAAGAUGGCAACGUCCAGCUGGUUAGUCAUAAAGAUAUCCAGGACUCUGUACAGGUUUCUAGCGAUGUCCAGACAGCAAAAGAAUUUAUUAAGAUAAUAGAAAAUGCAGAAAACGAGUACCAGACAGCCAUCAGUGAGAACUACCAGACCAUGUCAGACACCACCUUCAAAGCCUUACGCCGCCAGCUCCCCGUCACCCGCACCAAGAUCGACUGGAACAAAAUCCUCAGCUACAAGAUUGGCAAGGAGAUGCAGAAUGCUUAACGUGGGAGGAAGGAGGAGUAACAAGUGUUUGUGUGCAAAGGAAAGCAAGGAAAAAGGAAAGCAAAAUAACCCCCCACCCCAGAUGUGGUCUCAUGCCAAGUAGAUGGUUUCUAAACCAGUGCAGCAUUUUUUUUCCCUAGGGCUUUCAAAGUUAACAGGUUUUCUGGCCUCAGAGAGAACUGUGGAACAAAUAGUGUUGUCUGUGUGUUUUGUGUUUCCUGAUGCAUAAGCCCUCCCUGUCCUGUCUGCAUUUACUCGUAGGUCAUUUUAAUUAAGCCCCAUCCAUUGUUCAGCAGUAGCUGUUUUCAAUCACUUUGAUUGUACUGGUUGGAAAACUUCCUAGCUGGAAAAGCCCUAUUGUAAAUACAGCUGAGGGUGCAGAACAUUCCCUUCACCCACCUGCAGCACUCCAGGUACUCCAGUAGGUUCCUCACAUCUGCCAACGGCUCCGGGCGCUGCAGGACAGACCCGCUGCAGGAGACAGCAGCUCCUCUAGCCACAGUGCUGACCUCCACGAAGCAAAAAGCCUGCAGGGUUAGAUUUUACCACAUGAAAUGAGUUUACAGGAUCCUUUACAGAAAUCCCUGCACAGCCAGCUCUGCCAGGGACUAAUUUAUUUCCUUCCCUAGCCUGAAGAUUUGAGGCACGUUUUCUGCUCCCCCCCUCCCGUGUGCACGGUUAUCAGCCAGCUGCAUCUUUACCAGUUUCUGUGUUGCAUCACUGCUGAUCCAUGUAGGCUGGAGGGUGAUUAAAAGUGCAAAUGUCUACAGAACAAUAAGUAUGUUGUGCUUUCAUGCUUUGUGGCAGGAUUCCUAGAGUUUGUAUCACAGGUGUAUGGAUGGUGUAACAAAAUAAACUUGCACCACAGUGAGAUUAAAAACAACCCUUUCCAUUUUGU